AUGACAGACUCAAAGCAGGGUGACUCUAGCGAGAAGCAGAAAGAUGAUCUCAGUACUAUCUUAACUACUGAAGAGCAAAUCGAGCUAACCCUUCUUAUCGCCAAUAUAACGGAGGUUAUGAGAAAGCAGAUCACAGCAACGUUCGAAGCUUCAAUUGGAUCUGCGAAACCACCUGCACAAGCCCUUCAUGUCGGGGACAAGAAUCCUAACAUUGACCAGAGCAAGGCCCAUGAGGAGACCGACGAGGAAGAGAAAGCAAGGAAGCUGCAAGAAAAGAGGGAGAAAGAGCUGUCGGCUCCAAAAAUGAAAGAGCUGAAGAAAGAUGCCUUGGAUUUCUUCGACAAAUGGCGAGAAUCUAUCAUUUUGAGACUCGGGCAAGUGGUCAAUAACCCAAAGGAGGUUGUCGAUGAGAAAGUAAAGGAGGCUUCAGUGGAAGCUACGCCUAACGCUGAUCCACCAACGGAGACUAAAGUCAUUCGGCGUAAUACCAAUAUUGAAGAGGCAGAUGCUGCCCUAGUCGAACUCUACCCUCCUACCUCAACACACCUAUACUCUCUGCCAAAAGACAAAAGAGUCAUCCUCCUGCACGCUAUGCUUCUACUCCUUCUAUCGCUAGAGCAUUAUACUGCACACUCUCGAAUUCUACUCCUCCACAUAUCAUCCUCUCUCCACCUUCCACUCCAUAUCCUCUCAGAGCAAGAAGUUAAGGUUGCACAAGGUCUUCUCGAAGCAGCAAAGCGCAUGUCCGGGAAUGAAGAAACACAAAAGCGUGCCGAUGACAAUAAAGUUGCUUGGAGAUGGAAGGUUGGACUGGCUGGUGUUGCGGGCGCCGCAGUCAUUGGAGUGACUGGUGGUCUCGCUGCUCCUCUCGUCGCCGGUGCAAUUGGGACGAUUAUGGGUGGCUUAGGGCUGGGUGCUACUACAGCCGCCGGUCUUUUAGGAGCUUUGGCUGAGAGUGGUGUCAUUGUGGGGAGUUUAUUCGGUGCUUAUGGUGCUGGAAUGACGAGCAAAAUGAUGGACGCAUAUGCCAAAGAAGUCGAGGACUUCGCCUUUUUGCCCUUGAAUGGCUCCAAGCAUCAAGAUCCCAAGCCUGAAGAUCGAAGAUUGAGAGUAACCAUUGGCAUCAGUGGAUGGCUGACUCAGAAAGAGGAUAUAAUCACUCCCUGGCGGGCUUUGGGCCACGAGAGUGAAGUAUUCGCCCUGAGAUGGGAACUUGAAGCGUUGACUAAACUCGGAUCAUCCAUGGAAUCUGUGGUAAAGAGUGCGGCAUGGACUGGUACGUUGAAAUUUGCUUACGAAAUGCGCGUGCUUAGCAUGUCUCAAGGCUCCGCGCUGCUCUCAUCAAUUCUGCGAAAUCUCACACUAACCCAACAUACAGUUGCCAAAAAGGAAAUCAUCGCCCGCACAAUCUUCGCCAGUUUAAUGGACGCACUUUGGCCAAUUGCGUUACUGAAGGUCUCAAAAGUCGUUGAUAAUCCCUUCUCAGUUGCCAAAAACCGAGCAGACAAGGCUGGCUUAGUUCUUGCUGACGCUCUUAUCAAUAAGGCGCAAGGCGAACGUCCAGUAACACUCAUUGGUUACAGUCUAGGUGCUAGGAUGAUAUAUUCCUGCUUAAUGAGUCUUGCAGAACGGAGAGCGUUUGGUCUAGUCGAAUCGGCCGUUCUGGUUGGCACACCGGCACCUUCAGAUGCUGCUCCUUGGCGUGCAAUGAGAAGCGUCGUUUCGGGGCGUCUCAUCAAUGUCUAUUCCGAGAAUGACUACAUCUUAGCUUUCCUGUACAGAACCAGCAGUAUCCAAUAUGGAGUAGCUGGGCUACAAGAGGUCCAAGACGUGAAGGGAAUAGAGAAUGUCAACGUGAGUGAUAUGGUGAGUGGACAUCUUCGCCUACAAUAUCUUGCUGGGUCCAUCUUGGAAAAGAUUGGUUUCGAGGACAUCGAUAAGGGAGAAGUUGCCAGGGAAGAAGAGACAUUGGCUUUGCUUGAGGAGCAAGAUCGUAAAGAGGAAGAGGAGAAGAAGGGCGAAGCUAUUGAUCCUGAUGAAGAGGCUGCAAAAAUGGAGAAGGAGGUUGAGAAGAAAUCGGAGAGAACCAUGAUGCAAAAUUUCAAGGAGAAAUUACAUUUCAAAUAA